AUGAGCAAUACGGAUUUCCUAAGCCGAGCCAUCGACACGGUCAAAAAGGCCAUCGAACAUGAUAAUGCCGGCGAAUAUGAGAAGGCUUAUCAGACGUACUACUCCGCACUGGAGUUGUUCAUGCUCGCACUCAAGUGGGAGAAGAAUCCCAAGUCCAAGGAGAUGAUCAGGUCGAAGGCAGCGGAAUACAUGGACCGCGCAGAGAAGUUGAAGAACCAUUUAGCGAAUAGCGACAAAAAGAAACCCAGCGCUGUUGGCGCGAAUGGGAAAGUGGCAAAUGGGAGCGGAAAAAGUGGAAAGGACGACGACGAAAGUGAAGACGCAGAGGCCAAGAAGCUACGAGGUGCUUUACAAGGGGCGAUCUUAUCUGAGAAGCCUAAUGUUAAAUGGGAGGAUGUCGCUGGUUUAGAAAACGCCAAAGAUGCCCUGAAAGAAGCCGUUAUAUUGCCAAUCAAGUUUCCUCAUUUAUUCACCGGUAAGCGACAGCCGUGGAAAGGUAUAUUGUUGUAUGGUCCUCCAGGAACAGGAAAGUCGUACCUUGCCAAAGCAGUUGCUACGGAAGCAAAUAGCACAUUCUUCAGCGUUAGCAGUAGCGACUUGGUUUCCAAAUGGAUGGGAGAAAGUGAGAGACUUGUCAAGCAAUUAUUCAACAUGGCCCGAGAAAACAAGCCCGCAAUUAUCUUCAUCGAUGAAGUCGAUGCCUUAUGUGGACCACGUGGAGAAGGCGAAUCAGAAGCGUCUCGGAGAAUAAAGACUGAGCUUUUGGUUCAAAUGGACGGAGUUGGCAAAGACUCCAAAGGAGUAUUGAUUCUAGGAGCAACAAACAUCCCGUGGCAAUUAGAUGCCGCCAUCCGAAGACGAUUCCAACGCAGGAUUCACAUCAGUUUACCUGAUAUAAAUGCACGGAAAAAAAUGUUUAUGUUGGCAGUGGGAUCUACGCCUUGUAACCUGACACAAGCCGACUACAAGCACUUGGCAGAGAUCAGCGCAGAGUAUUCGGGCAGUGAUAUUAGCAUAGCUGUCCAGGAUGCUUUGAUGCAACCAAUUCGAAAAAUCCAAACAGCUACACAUUAUAAAAAGGUUGUGGUUGAUGAUGUUGAAAAGCUCACCCCCUGCUCACCGGGCGAUAAUGGCGCAAUAGAAAUGUCAUGGAUGGAAAUUGAGUCUGAGAAGCUCCUCGAGCCACCUCUGGUCCUGAAGGAUUUCAUCAAAGCCAUUCAGAACUCUCGACCGACAGUGAGUAGAGACGACCUUGAGAAGAAUGCUGAAUGGACAGAGCAGUUUGGUAGCGAGGGGUCAUAA